AUGUCCAUAUUCCUCGACUUUGACGGUACAAUAACCGUUCGCGACACCAUUGGCGACCUCGCCAAGGCUGCCCUGCGCAUUCAGUCUGAUCGUGGCGUCGAUCUUGACAAGGAAUGGGACGAGGUCGUCCAGUCAUACAUACAAGAUUAUGAAAAUCAUGUGGAGGAGUACCACAUCAAGGAGGAAGACCGACAGCAGGCCGCCGCGGAGGUGGAGUUCCUGCGAGCAAUGAAGACGGUCGAGCUCAAGUCGCUCGACCGGAUCAACGCGUGCGCCAUCUUCAAGGGCAUCAGCGAGGAGGACCUGCGCGAGGCCGGCCGCGCGGCCGUGGCCGACGGCACAGUCCAGAUUCGGCCGGGCUUCAAAAAGUUUGUGCACAAGCGGAUCAGGGAGGGCUGGCGGAUAUGGGUCAUUAGCGUCAACUGGUCCACGGCCUUUAUCGAGGGCGUGCUGGACUGCCCCGACGAGAUCCACGUCAUUGCCAACCGCAUCAGCGGCGACGACGGUACCGUCCUCGGCCCCGAGAUGCUCGGCAGCAUCGGCGGGCGCGACACGUGCCCCGAGGACCCGCAAAACCUGACCAACUCGAGCGACAAGCUGGACGUGAUGAAGGGGGUUCUGCACCGUGACGGCGUCGACAAGGCCCCUAGCUUCUACUUUGGCGACUCCAUCACAGACUUGGAAUGUCUGCUGCAUGCCAUGUACGGCGUGGUGAUUGCAGACGGACAGGGCGAGAAGUCAAAAUUGCUGCAGACACUGCGGAGAAUCGGCAAAGCCGUACCCAGAACUCGAGAGUCUGAAUCGCUCAUCCAUGGUCUCACCUGGGCAGAGGACUUUGAAGAGGUGGAUAACUUUGUCAGCUUCGGCGUAGGAGGAGGAUAG